CUAUUUCGAUAGUGCGAAAUCAACAUGAGAAUCGCUUUGAUUUGUGUGACUUUUUUGGCUUUGACUGCUCAGUCAGUCCUAUCGAAUGGCCUGGUUCCCUUGGGACAAAACCAAUGCGGUCAGGGAUCUUCAGUUGGAAACCUAAUAGAUAUUAUCGGUCGUUUGGUAUCUGGACCAUGUGGUGGAUCUUUACCGGGACUACCUGACCAAUUGCCAAAUAUACGUAUACCUCGUUAUCGAGGUAGAGUUAGGCGUCGGCCUUACCGCUCCGGAUCCAGAGUAGUAAUUAUAAAUCCUCCGAACCGGCCCGUGCUACCUAGUUUUCCAAACCUACGUCCACCUUGUUACCCACCUUGUUGUCCACCUUGCUACCCGCCACAACCAAGUUGUGUGUCAGUCUCUCUAGAAUGUCGGCUAAGGGUGCAUCGCUACCCCUAUUACCCUACCUGGCCCGGACAGUCCGGAAUUGGUGGACUGCCCGGACUAGGUGGACUGCCCGGAAUAGGUGGACUGCCCGGAAUAGGUGGACUGCCCGGAACCAGUGUACUGCCCGGUGGACAGCCCGGACUAGGACUAAUUGGAAUUCCCGGAAUAGAUGGACUGUCCCAAGGUGGACAAGGCCUUCAAGACCCUUUCUUUGGCUACAAUGAUCCAAUUGCACCAGAGGACGAAUCCGGAGCUCUGCUGAAUAAAAAUGAUGACGUCAAUGCUAAUGAUCCAGCUGAUUACAACUCCAACCAUGAUACCCCUGAACAACCCGACUACUCGGGUCUUCAGGAUGCGCCUCAUGGUCAAGUCUAAGACACUUUCUUCCUUUUAAAUAUUUUUUGUCAAUCAGCAAAUAUACAUGUAAAGUGUAAAUAACAA